AUGACGCAAACAAAUAAAAAAGUGAAAUUGAGAAUAGAAUUAACGAAAAUUUAUAAUUUGAAUUUUGAACUUUUUGGAGACUUCUGGAAAAUCUUGGAAAAUCCCGGAAUUUCCAGUGUUCAAAAUAGGAAAAGUUCUGAAGAGCCAUCAAGAGAAGAAAAGUUCAUGCUGCGUUUUGAAAAGUGGGAUUACGAGUCUAAUACCAAAGGAUUUUAUUUGCCUCGCUUCGCAAGACCAAAACCAAAAAUUCCAUCAAAACCAAUUUUUAUGAUGGAUUUCAGAAUAAAGAAGCAGAGAAGUAAAGCAGUAAGAAGACAAGACAAGACAACCGACGAGGAGUGCAUAAAAAUUGUUGGCAAUUUCUUAUCCAUCGACCACGUCUGUUGA